AUGAAAUCUUCAAACGUUAAUAUAUUGAAAGAUGCAGCUAAAAAAGUUGAAAUCAUGUUCGCUGAAUCGUAUCGAAAAGAUCAAACAAUUGCAAAAGAUAAAGCAAUAACUAGUUCAAUACUUUCAAAUGUUAAUGGAUUGUCGUUGAGAAAAGCACUUGCUUCUGGCGACAAAAUAAUAAUUGCCGACGAACUUGAUCCAAUACUUGACAAACUUGGCGUUUACGAAUCAAAAGACAAAGCCGAAGAAGGAGCUUUGCUCUGCGAAGCUUUUGACGGCAUACACGAUGAUACACGAACAACCGGAUCAACAAUUGUUCAUAUUUCGGAUGCAAAAUUAUCUAUAUUUGGUGCAACAACGGGAAAUCGGUAUAGUAAGCUGAUGCAACAAUGGAAGAAUAACGAUGGAUUUUAUGGUAUACACAAUCGUAUGACAUAUUUAGCCGUUUCAAAUAAAGAACCAUUGCGGCCACAACAUUUAAUUAAUCGUCAAAAAGUACUUUCACUGCCAUCUAUUGCUCAUAUACUUAUUGUAUGUCACUGCUUAGGUGAUAUUGAAUAUCGUUUUCGAGAAAUAUCAGAUGAUGAAUCAAUGUCAACAACAAUGAUUAGAUCGUCACAGCACCAACAAGCGUCAACAAAAACAGCGGCAGAGAAUAAAAAUGAUGCAACUAAUGAAAAAUCAUCUGCAUUUUUUUACACAUUUAAUAAGACGGCUGAUUUGUAUGCCUCGCCAACGUCAUCGACAGAAGAACAAUUGAAAGAUUUAUAUUCAAAAGUGCUGGAAAUUUUUCCUCGAUACUGCGUUCUUUUUCAAAUAUUCAAAAAUGUUGUCCAUAUAUUGAAUGAAACAACGAAGUAUAUUAAUUUUGAUGAUGGUGAUCAUGUAAAUAAACAUAUUGAUGAUAAGUUUGUUACUGAAAUAAAAUUAGCAAUAAAACGUCUGCUUAUUACAGACAAUGUACCGCGAAAUCAGAUGAAAAUGCCAAUAUUAUAUAUUGAAUUGAAUACAUGUGUUACAAUUUGGUCUUAUUACGAACAUAUAUUCAAUAUCGCGUUGACAACAUUUGACAUGCAUACAAUAUUACCAUUAACAACAAUAAACAUUUUAUCGACACAACGUGAAGCUGCAAGAAAGAUACUUCUCUAUCCAUAUAACGUUUUCAGUCGAACAACAUUCCUUGGAAAAAGUCCGAUAGAUCGUAGGGAUAAUUCGCCAUUGCACAACUAUCCACAUAAAUUCGAUGAAGGAAUUAGCGAAUUAAUCAAAUCGAAAUUGAUUGAAGAAGAUCAGUGGUUGAGAAAAGUUCAAUAUGCUUAUAUGAAAGUACAACCACCGGACGAUCUUCAAGAAAAGAUUGAUUUUGAAAAAAAAUUGAAUGAAUACAAUAUUACGUUUGACCAAUACGAAAAUGUAUAUAAAAAUUCAUCGUAUCCGCCAUCGAGUGCCUUAUCAUUAAAAUUCGUUACCCAUAUGGGAAAUUAUUCAAAAUAUGUUAAAGAAUAUCAUAAAUAUGAAACUGAUAAAAUGAUGAAAGAAAAAAUAGAUGAAUUACUUGAAGAAAAUAAAAUAAAAAAAGUGAUAAUGAAUAAUGAAAAUCGCUAUGAACUAACUGAUCGAUAUUUACAAUCAGUAAAUCAAAGUCAAUCAGUCAAUACAACGACAACAAUACCAACGAACUCAACGCCAAUACCAUCACCAUCAGCUAUAUUUACGUCUGUUGCGAUGACGUCUGCACCUAUUAUCACACAACAAUGUUUAUUGCCACAACCGUCAUUACCUUUAGUAAAAUCGGUGGAUAAUUUAUCCUAUGGUUUUGAAAAAUCUACAAAUCCUUCUGUUAUUGAUGAUCAGUCUGUAUUUCUAAAUUCUGAUCAACCAAGUUCACGUGGUGGAAACGAUUUAUUAACAAUGCUACAAGAAACAUUCAAUACACUGAAUUAUUCUACAUCAUCAACAGCAAGAAUAGAAAGACUAGAAACAUCAUCGCACAAAAAUAAGCCGGAUGAACAAAAUUCAAUUGAUCAGUUAAGGACGACAGCCAAUAAACAUUUAGAUGGAAACGCACAAGUGAUUGAACUACAACCUGCAUCAUCCUCUACGAUUACUGCUUUACACCAAAUGCCAGCAUUGACUCCCCACUAUUUAUUAACAAUUGAAGACCGAUGUCAAACACAUUUGACGGCGCAUUCAGAGGAAGAAAGACAAACACACGGUUUAUUACAUAAUGAAUUAAUUGAAAUAUCAGAUAGUUCAAGUGUGAACGAAGGAAUAGUUCAUUGUUUAUCGUCAUUAUCCGCGAGUCCGAUAACUGACGAAGAUAAAAUCGAAUCAUCAAAUACCAAGCAAUUACUAACGAUUCAAGAUUUAAAUAACUUGACGAAAAUAAGUGAAAAAAUAAAUAAUAAUAGUCUAACAGCUCAAAUAUUUUCAGCCUCAUCGUCUCACACAUUUCCUUUAUCUGAAAUUACUAAUGAAAUACAACAAUCAGUUGUAAUAAAUGAAAACAAUGAUUGUCAAGUAAUUUCAUCUCUAGAAUCGUGUCAGCAUGAAUGCGACUUUUAUACUGACAAUCAACAAAAUAAAAAAGAUACAAACGAAGAUGGACAGUUGAUUUUUGAUGAAUCAAUUAUAAAUCCGACUGUAAAUAAUUGCUCAGCCACACUGACAUCAGUAUUGGCACAAGAAACAGAAACAUCAAGAGAACGAAUGGAAACUAAUAACAUAACAGAUGGAAAUGUUCAAGAUAUGAAAACUAAUAAAGAAGGGAAUUAUAAAAUUUUCGAUUUUCGAAAAUCGUCAAAUUCUGACGAUUUUUAUAGCGUUAUUUUCGCUGUUGAACUGUUCUGA